AUUCUAUUUAAACUACAAUUUAAAGAAGCUAUGAUGUUGUUCCAGUUUUGAAUUCUGGUGAAAGAAGGGAAUAGUCUGAUCACAUCAAAUAUUGCCAGACUAAACCUGUGUAUUCUACAGCUGAAACUGGAAGAUGUCUUGGAAAAGAAAUUACUUUUCUGUGGGUCGUGGAAAUGUACAGGGCAUGUUCACCCCUCGAAAUACAACCUCAAUAGCACCCAGCAAAGGUCUCAGCAAUGAACCAGGACAGAAUAGUUGCUUCCUGAAUAGUGCGCUGCAGGUUCUGUGGCAUCUGGACAUUUUUCGCCGCAGUUUCCGGCAAAUCACAACACACAAAUGUAUGGGUGAUUCUUGCAUCUUCUGUGCUCUUAAGGGCAUCUUCAACCAGUUCCAGUGUAGCAGUGAGAAGGUGCUGCCUUCUGAUGCCCUGCGCACCGCUCUUGCCAAGACCUUCCAGGAUGAGCAACGCUUCCAGCUGGGCAUCAUGGAUGAUGCUGCUGAAUGUUUCGAAAACCUGUUAAUGCGAAUUCACUUCCACAUUGCAGAUGAGACAAAGGAAGAUAUUUGCACUGCAUCACACUGUGUUUCCCAUCAGAAGUUUGCCAUGACCUUGUUUGAACAGUGUGUUUGUACCAGCUGUGGUGCCACCUCUGACCCAUUACCUUUCAUCCAGAUGGUACAUUAUAUUUCCACAACCUCACUCUGCAAUCAAGCUAUUUGUAUGCUGGAGAGACGAGAGAAACCCACUCCAGAUAUGUUUGGAGAGCUGCUACAGAACGCCAGCACUAUGGGAGACCUGCGAAACUGCCCAAGUAACUGUGGGGAAAAGAUCCGUAUUCGCCGUGUGCUGAUGAACUCUCCACAGAUCAUCACUAUUGGCUUGGUUUGGGACUCAGACCACUCUGAUCUGGCUGAGGAUGUGAUUCACAGUCUGGGCACUUGCCUUAAACUGGGAGAUCUCUUCUUCAGAGUAACUGAUGACAGAGCAAAACACUCAGAGCUGUAUUUAGUGGGAAUGAUCUGUUACUAUGGAAAACACUAUUCUACCUUCUUCUUCCAAACUAAAAUCCGCAAGUGGAUGUACUUCGAUGAUGCUCAUGUCAAAGAGAUUGGUCCAAAAUGGAAAGAUGUUGUGACAAAGUGCAUUAAGGGUCACUAUCAGCCUUUGCUGCUACUGUAUGCAGAUCCAAGAGGAACUCCAGUGUCAACACAAGACCUGCCCCCUCAAGUGGAUUUACAGCAAUAUAGCAGGACUUGCUAUGACAGUGAAGACUCAG